AUGGCUAAAACAAGCUCUGCUACUAAGGCGCCUAGAACUCAAGGGUUCAAUAGGUCAGCCCAUAGUAUGAAUCCUGAACGUAAAACCGAAAAUCUCAAAGGAGUGGCAAAGGUGAGAACAAAAGCUACCAUAAAGAGAUUGCAAAUGUAUAGAAACUUCAAAGCUAAACGUGAUAGGAAAGGUAAAAUCAUUCAUGCUGCACCAUUUCAAGGUUGGUUACCAUGUGGAGCUCAGGCUCGUGUAGAACCUAAUCGUAAAUGGUUUGACAAUACUAGAGUAAUAGGGCAAAAUGCUUUACAAAAAUUUCAAGAAGAAUUAGGUAAAGCAGUUAAAAAUCCAUAUGAUAUCAUUAUGAAACCUACUGGAUUGCCAAUUACCCUUUUAAACGAAAAAAAAAAACACGAACGUGUGCAUAUUCUUGAAACUGAAAGUUUUGAAAGUGUCUUUGGUUCCAAAAAAACUCGCAAGCGUCCAAAUCUAUUUGUAAGGGAUGAACAACAGUUAUCUGAAACUGUUAAUUCUAUCAAUGAAUCAUAUUCAGAUGACAAAGACUUGGACUUGGAAAGAGAAGAUACAGGUGAAAGAACUGCUCCUCGGGAUUGGAUAAUGGCUGCUGGGCAAAGUAGACGUAUUUGGAAUGAAUUGUAUAAAGUAAUUGACUCAUCAGAUGUUGUUGUWAUGGUUUUGGACGUAAGAGAUCCUACUGGAACACGCUGUCCUCAUAUUGAAAAUUUUUUAAAAAGAGAAAAACCUCAUAAGCAUCUAAUAUUUGUAUUAAACAAAGUUGAUCUUGUACCUGUUUGGGUUACUCAGAGAUGGGUUGCUAUUCUUAGUUCUGAAUAUCCAACUGUAGCAUUUCAUGCAUCACUAACUCAUCCUUUUGGAAAAGGUGCUGUGAUUAAUUUAAUGCGACAGUUCACAAAAUUACAUUCUGAACGCAAACAAAUUAGUGUUGGUUUCAUUGGAUAUCCUAAUGUUGGUAAAAGUUCAGUUAUCAAUGCUUUACGAUCUAAAAAAGUUUGUAAAGUAGCGCCUAUUGCUGGUGAGACUAAAGUAUGGCAGUACAUAACAUUGAUGAAAAGGAUAUUUCUCAUUGAUUGUCCUGGAGUAGUUUAUGAUGCUGCUAAUUUAGAAACAGACACAGAAAAGGUAUUGAAGGGUGUUGUUAGAGUUGAACUUGUCCCAGAUCCAGAACAAUAUAUACCACCUUUAAUGGAACGAGUAAAAGCAGAGCAUUUGUCUAAAACUUAUGGAAUAGAAAGCUGGGAGGACAGUGAAGAUUUUUUAUCGCAGUUAGGUAUAAAAACUGGUAAACUAUUAAAAGGUGGUGAUGCUGACCUAGCCUUAUGUGCUAGAAUGGUAUUAAAUGAUUGGCAAAGAGGGAAAAUUCCUUAUUAUAAACCACCACCUGGUUUUGAAGAACCUCUAUCAGCAAAUGAUCAAGAACCAAUCACUAAGAGAGCUGAUUUGAAUGUUGCUGUAGAAAAUGAUUCGGAUGAUGAAACUGUUGAUACUCCUUUACCCACUAAAGAAGAUGAAAAUGCUACUUCAACUGAUAGUGAUGAAGAAGAAGAGAAAAGGAAAGAAAAAGAACAAAAACUGCAAGAAGCACACGAAGCUUAUAUUAGUAGUUUAACAAGCAAACAAAAACGAAGCUUGAUGUUAAGAAAUAAAAAGAAAAAAGUUGGGAGUGAUUUUUACGAUGUUACAAAUGUUAAAAAUCGUAAUAGAGAUCGUAAAAUACCAAAGGCAAAAUAAAAUGAACUUUUGUUUAAAAUAUAYGUUUUUCAUUCUAAGU